GUUCUCCCUUUUCAGCCAGCACCUCAACGGCGAGUGAGUGCGUGGCUUGGAUGGACUGGUGAAAUUUGUCAAAAUUUUACUUGAGUCAGUCUGCUUGGAGUUUAUUUAAAACGCCACCGACAUGCCGGCGUAUUUUCAACGUCCAGAAAAUGCUCUUAAACGGGCGAAUGAGUUUCUUGAGGUUGGUAAGAAGCAACCAGCCUUGGAUGUUUUGUACGAUGUCAUCAAGAGCAAGAAACAUCGAACAUGGCAGAAGAUCCACGAGCCCAUUAUGCUCAAGUACCUGGAGCUCUGUGUGGAUCUUCGCAAGAGCCACCUGGCCAAGGAGGGACUUUACCAGUACAAGAACAUCUGUCAGCAGGUGAACAUCAAGUCUUUGGAAGAUGUGGUUAGAGCUUACCUAAAACUGGCUGAGGAGAAGACUGAGACUGCAAAGGAGGAGUCCCAGCAGAUGGUUCUAGACAUUGAGGAUCUUGACAACAUCCAGACCCCGGAAAGUGUGCUCCUGAGUGCUGUGAGUGGAGAGGACACCCAAGAUCGUACUGAUCGACUGUUGCUCACUCCCUGGGUGAAGUUCCUGUGGGAGUCGUACCGCCAGUGCCUGGACCUGCUUCGGAACAACUCCAAAGUAGAGAGACUGUACCAUGACAUCGCUCAGCAAGCAUUUAAGUUUUGCCUGCAGUACACCCGCAAGGCUGAGUUUCGCAAGCUCUGUGACAACCUGCGGAUGCAUCUUGGGCAAAUCCAACGUCACCACAACCAAAGCACCGCCAUCAACCUGAACAACCCUGAGAGCCAGUCCAUGCACUUGGAGACACGCCUUGUGCAGUUGGACAGUGCUAUAAGCAUGGAGCUCUGGCAGGAAGCAUUUAAGGCUGUUGAAGACAUCCACGGCCUAUUUGCACUUUCCAAGAAGCCCCCUAAACCUCAGUUGAUGGCCAACUAUUACAACAAGGUGUCAACUGUGUUCUGGAAAUCUGGAAAUGCUCUUUUUCACGCCUGUACCCUCCACCGCCUCUACAACCUGUCCAGGGAGAUGCGUAAAAAUCUGAGCCAAGAUGAAAUGCAGAGAAUGGCAACCAGAGUUCUUUUGGCUACACUGUCCAUUCCCAUCACCCCUGAGCGCACUGACAUUGCUCGCCUGCUGGAUAUGGAUGGCAUCAUUGUGGAGAAACACCGAAGACUGGCGACACUUUUGGCCCUCCAGUCUCCACCCACCCGUCAGAGUCUCAUAAAUGACAUGGUGAGAUUUAAUUUACUGCAGUACAUUGUACCUGAAGUGAAGGAACUUUACAACUGGCUGGAGGUCGAAUUUCAUCCUCUGAAACUGUGUGGAAGAGUGACCAAGGUGUUGAACUGGGUGAGAGACCAGGCAGAGAAGGAAGCUGAUCUGCAGCAGUAUGUUCCCCAUCUGCAGAGUAAUACCAUUCUGAGACUCCUGCAGCAGGUGGCACAGAUCUAUCAAAGCAUCGAGUUCACCCGCCUGGCCUCCCUGGUACCAUUUGUUGAUGCUUUCCAGCUGGAGCGCUCCAUUGUUGAUGCUGCUCGCCACUGUGAUCUACAGGUCCGCAUAGACCAUAGCUCUAGAACUCUAAGCUUCGGCUCUGACCUGAACUAUUCCACCAAAGAGGACGCUCCUGUUGGCCCCUUCCUUCAGAACAUGCCCUCGGCGCAUAUAAGGAACCAGCUGACUGCAAUGUCAUCCUCUUUGGCCAAAGCCAUCUAUAUCAUCAAGCCUGCCUCCAUCCUGCAAGAACGUGAGGAACAUAGCCAGCAGGCCAUCGCUGCCUACCUAAAAAAUGCCCGCAAGGACCACCAGCGCAUCCUGGCUCGCAGACAGACCAUUGAGGAGCGCAAGGAGCGUUUGGAAAGCCUAAACAUCCAGCGUGAGAAAGAGGAAUUGGAACAGCGUGAAGCUGAGUUGCAGAAAGUACGUAAGGCUGAAGAGGAGCGUCUGCGUCAGGAGGCCAAGGAGAGGGAGAAGGAACGCAUCAUGCAGGAGCACGAGCAGAUCAAGAAGAAGACGGUGCGAGAACGACUGGAGCAGAUUAAAAAGACUGAACUCGGAGCUAAGGCUUUUAAGGACAUUGAUAUUGAGAACUUGGAGGAGCUGGAUCCUGACUUCAUCAUGGCCAAACAGGUGGAGCAGCUGGAGAAGGAGAAGAAAGAGCUGCAGGAGCGCCUGAAAAACCAGGAGAAAAAGAUCGAUUACUUUGAGAGAGCCAAGCGUCUCGAAGAGAUUCCUCUCAUCAAAAAUGCUUACGAGGAGCAGCGUGUCAAGGACAUGGAACUGUGGGAGCUUCAGGAGGAAGAGAGGAUCAGCAACUUGAAAGUAGAACGGGAGAAGGCUCUGGAGCAUAAGAAACGCAUGUCCAGAAUGAUGGAGGACAAAGAGAAGUUCUUGGCUGAUAUAACUGCUGCCCGUAGCUUCAUUUAUGAGGAAAAACUGAAAGCCUUCGAGGAGCGUUUGGUCGAGUUGAGGAAGAAACGUCUGGAAGAAAGAAAGCGACAGCGCAAAGAGGACAGGCGUAAUGCUUUCUACCUGCAGAAGGAGGAGGAGGCUCAGCGUAUCCGUGAGGAGCAGCUGAAGAGAGAACGCGAGGAGCGUGAACGCAUUGAACAAGAGCAGAGGGAGGCGGAGGAGAGAGAGUACCAGGAGCGUCUGCGCAAGCUCGAAGAGCAGGAGCGUAAGCAGCGUGCUCGGCAGCAGGAAAUUGUGGAGGGUGAGCGCCGCCGUGAAGAGGAAAGAAAGGGAGCGCCAGAGGAAAGGCCCAAGCAGGAAGCAGCAAGUGGUGAAAAGGAAGAGGGAGGAUGGAGGAGGCGCACAGAGGGAGGAGAUUCAGAAUGGCGUCGUUCAGUGCCAGACAAGGAUUGGAGACAAGAAGGCCAGGAUGAAGACGGGGAGGACAGGGACACAUCCUUCAGGCGUGGGGAUGGUCCUCGCAGAGGUGGUGAUGACAGAGGACCUCGUCGGGGCUACGACGAUGAUCGAGGUCCCCGUCGAGGGGGUGAUGACGAUCGUCCUCCACGUAGAGGAAUGGAUGAUGACCGUGGUCCUCGCAGAGGCUUUGAUGAUGACCGUGGACCGAGAAGAGGAGGAGAUGAUGAUCGUGGUCCCAGGAGAGGUGGAGACGAUGAUCGUGGCCCAAGGCGUGGUUUUGAUGAUGAUCGUGCGCCAAGGCGUGGUUUUGACGAUGAUCGUGGACCAAGACGUGGCUUUGAUGAUGACAGAGGUCCAAGGCGUGGCUUUGAUGAAGACAGAGGUCCUCGUAGAGGUGUGGAUGACUCCAGAGGGACCAGACGUGGUGCUGAUGAUGACUGGGGUCCCCGCAGAGGAGGGGACGAUGACAGAGGUGGACGGAGAGGCAUGGAUGAUGGGCCACGCCGGGGCGGAGAUGAUGCUAAACCAUGGAGACCCGUGGGCAAAACUGAAGGGGGAUGGCGUGAACGAGAGAAGGCCAGAGAGGAGAGCUGGGGACCUCCUCGUAGUGGUGGUGAUGAAGAUGAAGAAGGAGAAGAAAAAUCAGACAGUUUCAGAGACCGUCGUCCAACCAGGGAGGAGGGUGUCUGGAGGAGAGGAGGUGGAGACGAAGGAAGCAGCUGGAGAGAAUCCCGCAGAGAAGAACCUGAUCGUGAAGAUCGUCGUGAUAGACGUGACCGCGGUGAGCGUGAUGACCGUCGUGAUCGUGAUGAUCGCCGUGUGGAUCGUCGUGAUAGAGAGCCCCGGGAUGAGCGUGAGAACAGAGGCCCACCCAGAGAUCCUGAAGAAGCAGGUGGCUCGUGGCGACGUGGUGGUGAAGAAAAACGAGAGGAGAAGGACAGGGACCGGCCCAGAGAGAGGGAACGUGACCGUGAGGCCGAAGGUGACAGGGCAUGGCGCUCUGACAAAGAAACUCCUCGUCGCACCAAAAAUGAGACGGAUGACGACGGCUGGACCACUGUCCGCCGCUGAGCAACAGCUGCAUUCAUCUUUAAUAACAAGUCACUUCCCACUUAGCAGCAAGUGAAUUCAUAAUUAAAUCGUCAGUGUGUUACUGCUUUGGAUUAAAUUGUCUGGAAAAUUCUUUCUUUUAGCUUUAUUUUGCUUUGCAACAGUUUUGAAUUGGAGCCUCUUCGCCACCUAUAACACCAGUAGACAAGUCUGCACUUGGGCCUGAAAUUAGUUGUAAUCACGACUGGGCCAUGGUGGUUACAAUUAUUAACUAAAAUAAAUGUAUACAAUUUAAACUUUCCCUGCUAGCUAGGUGUGACAUUAAAUCCCUCUCUUAUAACUCUUAUACUGAUCUUCUGCAUCCUGGAUAUGUGCCCUACAUCCUAAUUUGGGAAACUCUCCUCAUGGCUCCACAGACCUUUCUUUUAGAUCUGUGUGCUUCAGUAUUCUUGUGUAAUAUCUAACAUUUCAUCCUGUAGCACUCAGUGUGACCAGACGAGGUUGCACUUGUUCAGAUGAAAUCUUACUAAUAAAGAUGUUUGCUCACCA